GCCGCCCCUGUUAGCAGAGCGCAGUUAUGGGCCUGCCGCCGGUGACCUAGCGCUUACUGCCAAAGUCGGCGAGAUUCCCCUUCGCAUCUCCCCUGACCUGCUCCACAAAAAUGACAAACAGAAGCUAAGUGUGUGUGAGUCAGACAGCAGCAGCAGCCAUGUUCUGGAAGUUCGACCUGAACACUGCCUCUCAUCUGGAGGCUCUACUGGACCAGGAGGACGUGAGCCUCAGCCAGCUGCUGGAGGAGGACGAUGUUCUGCAGGAGUGCAAGGCUCAGAACAGGAGACUUCUCCUGUUCCUGUGUAAGGACCAGUCAAUGCAGGAGCUGGUCCGUUUAAUCACUACAGAGCCCCCUACUGGUGUAGAGGAGACAAAGCGCUUCAAGCAUCCAAAUAUAGCAUGUGAACUCCUGACCUGUGACGUGGGGCUGAUCAAUGAUAAGCUGGGGAAUGAGGAGCCUCUGCUGGAGAGCCUCUACUCUUUCCUGGAGCAGCCCCCUCCUCUUAACCCCCUCCUGGCCUCCUUCUUCAGCAAGACCAUCGGCAACCUCAUCGCACGCAAGACUGAGCAGGUGCUAAACUUCCUGCGGCGUAAAGAGGGCUUCCUGUCCCUGGUUCUGAAGCACAUCGACACGUCGGCCAUGAUGGACGUCCUGCUUCGACUUAUCAGCUGUGUGGAGCCCCCUCCACUCAGACUGGACACACUCACUUGGCUGAAUGAAGAGAAAUUAGCCCAGAGACUGAUUGAACUGAUCCACCCUGAGAGAGACGAGGAGAGGCAGUCUAAUGCAUCCCAGACCUUAUGUGACAUCAUCCGUCUGAGCAGAGAUCAGGCCAAUCAGCUUCAAGAGCUGUCACAGCCCGACCCUCUGCUAACUGUGCUGGAGUCACAAACAUCUGUGGAGCAGUUGUUACAGAACAUGUUCUCUGGAGAGAGGACUGAGAGCUGCAUCGUCAAUGGAAUCCAAGUGCUUCUCACACUGCUGGAGAUCAGGAGGCCUGUAGUGGAUGGCGUCAUGGAUGCUCAGGGAUUUGAGAGGAGUUACCUGGUCAACAGCAGUAUAUUGUUGGCCAUAGAACCUCAUUUAAAACAUUUCCAUCAACUACUUCUAGAGCCCCCCAAGAAGAGUCCCGUGCUGACCAGCCUGGGCAUGCUGGAGGACCCUCUGGGAAACACCCGUCUGCAUGUUGCCCGGCUGGUGGCCUCUCUGCUCUACACCAGCUCCUCCAGCCAUGCCGUGGUCGCCCAGGAGCUGUGUCGACUUAACACCAUGGACCUACUGCUGGACUUGUUCUUCAAAUACACGUGGAACAACUUCCUUCAUCUUCAAGUGGAGCUGUGUGUGGCGGCCAUCUUGAGGCCCUGUGCACACGAGAUGAGAUUGCAGCCGAUCCUGAGCUCCCAGGAUAAAAGCCAGCAGAGCAGUGAGGAGGGCCCCCAGGAGCUCAGUGGGGCCCUGACCACUACCAGGAGCACGUUAGACCAGCCGGAGAAUUCUGCACACAACCUACUCAUGAGUCAUUUGUUCCAGCACUGCCACCUGGUUCAACGGAUUUUAGAGGCCUGGGAAGAGAAUGAUAAAUUGCAGUCAGAAGGUGGCAUGAGGAGAGGGUACAUGGGUCAUCUCACCAGGAUCGCAAACACUGUAGUCCACAACCUGGAGAAGGGCCCUGUGCACACACAGAUCACCCAGCUCAUAUCAGAGCUGCCUGAGGACACCAGGGGGCGCUGGGAAACCUUUGUGGAACACACCCUGACCGAGACUAACAGGAAGAACACCAUAGACCUGAUAGGCAGUGGAAAUCCUCGCUCAUCUUCAGAGGAUGACAUGGAGAGUCCUUUCCCCAAAGAAUUAACUCUACAACAGUCCUUUUCAGACUAUCAGAUCCAGCAGAUGACCGCAGACUUUGUGGAUCAGUUUGGCUUCAAUGACGAGGAGUUCACUGAUCAUGAUGACAACAUUGGGGCUACUUUUGAUCGAAUUGCAGAAAUCAAUAUCAACAUUGACUCAAGCCAUGACAAUAAAACCUGCUCUGUGUUUGAGGCGUGCUCUAAAGACAGGAUACAGCCCUUUGAUGACGACGAAGAAGACAUUUGGGAGGAGAAGGAAAUCAACUAUGCAACUCAGACGAAAUCAAGGAACAGGUUUGGUGGCUGUCCAUCUUCAGAGAGUCCAGCAGCGGGAGAGCGCGCAGAGCCACGCAGCUCAGGCCAGACUCCAGACUCCGACUCAGAGGACGAGUCUAAAGAGCACCUGGACCCUUUCCUCAGCCAGUGCCACACAGACACAGGGACCAACAGUGGGUGGAUAGCAGACUUUGGGGAGAUCAACUCCACUGCACCCCCUACAGGAGGAGGGGGCUUCGGGGGCUGGGAUACUGCAGCCUGUGAACAAACCACCACAGACUCAGAGGAGAAGGGCUGGGCCAACUUCACAGAUUUCCAGCCUUUCUGUUGCUCUGAAACAGGCCCCAGGUGCAGCUCUCCAGUCGACUCCAUCAACAGUGGAUCAGGCGGCACCAUUUCAAAACAAAACUCGUGUGGCUGGGGCGUGUGCGUGCCCAGGAAAGCUCCUCUGGUGGCCUCUGACAGCUCCUCCUCCAGCAGCUCUGACACCGAUGAAGACGAGGCAAAAGCAGCCGCUAAAGAGAGCCUCCACCACCAGAGGGUGCUAUUCUCCAGUGAGCCAGAGAAAAUACCAGAAGUGAAAUGUAACCCAGGAGAAGGAGACACGACCAUGGCCAGUUCAACACAACAGUCAGAUGUCACUCUGGAAAUGCAGCCUUCAGCCAACGGCCCGGCUUGAUGCUGUGAGGGGCCCACCUCCCUUCAGAGACAGGAACAGCGCAACCAGGAGGUCACCCGUUAGCUCUGCUCUGCUCACAAGCUACAUGUUUUACAAUCCCAAAACUGCACAUGGCCAUACUAUUUUAUUUGCAGAAUUCCUUCUCAACUGGAUUAGAUGUAGAAGUAUUCUGCAUUUAAAUUGUAACUUUUCCAACUUAAACCUUUUUUAUUUAAGGUUUUACAAAACUCUAUUCAAGGCCAGUAACCUCUACAACACUGGAAAUAUUAGCCAAAUUUGAACCAUGUAAAUUAGCCAAUGUACAAAAUGUUUUAAACAAGCAACGAAAAGGUGUAUUUUGUCACUAUGAAUAGAAUAGAACUAUAGUUGUUCAGCUACCAUGUAAUGCCACUACUACUUGACACAUUUUGCACUAUGUUCCAAGACAGAUUUACCCUCAAGG